CCGAGAUACGCUGGAAAGUUGCAGUUAGCAUUUGACCGCCUUGUAACAUUGUGAUACACCGAAGAAAUGGUCUCCAAGCUCGGCGUAUUCGCCCUCUUCGCCCUCCUCGCGACCAACGCCAGGGCGGGAAUCGUCUCCCUGGGUCACGUCGGCGACGGAGGAUCCUUCCACGAUGCCCAUUCGGCCCUCACCCAGAGCCACGCAACCUCGUUCACCCACUUUCACGGCCCCGUCGAAGGCCCCGUCUACGAGGUCAAGGUCCCCCACGUUCCCGAGCACGACGAGCACGCCCACCUCCACGGGCAGCAUCACCAGGACCACGGAUACACCCUUGACUACGUCGCUCAACCUAAGUACGAAUUCUCCUACGGGGUGGAGGACCAUCACACGGGGGAUAUCCACGGGCAGAAGGAGUCACGUGACGGUAAAACGGUAAGAGGCGAGUACAGCAUCCAUGAACCCGGCGGCAACAUCAGGACUGUAAAGUACCACGCGGACAAGGACGGUUUUCACGCGGUUGUUCACAAUUCCGGAAGUAACGAUCACUCCGGCGGAGUUUACGGCGGUCAGGGGGCUCACGGGGUUCACGGGGGUCAAGAAGAGCAGCAUAACCUGGACCUGGGUCACACAGCACCGGUCCACGAGGAGCACCAGCUCGAGGAGUACGCUGUGUACCAGGGUCAGGAGGUGCAGGCAUCCGGUCACGGUGCCACGGGAUAUCUGUGAGAUAAACCGCUGAAAACGCCGUCGGUGGGCUCUGAACGCCGAAACACACACGUACCUGGAUCGUUUAAUUAUUUUUAAAGCAUUGCGCGUACAGAGAGAAGCGUUCAUUUUUUUAUCGUUAACGUUUGUUGCCUGCCUGCCUGCCUUAAGUGUACCAAAGCCUUAUACGUACAACGACCCUUUUUAUACUAUAGAGAGGUUAUUAAUUAACUGUAUCAAUUUAUUCUAUACAUAUACCUAAUAAUUGUAACCUGUAAAACGAUGCGCAAUGUAGCGUGUAGCAUUUAUCGUGACUAUGUAAUAGGUCUUGUUUUGUAAAUAUAUAUAACUAUUUUCCAAUAAAGCGUUCGAUGCGUUAUACAAA